ACGACAACACCAGUGGACCUGACUUUGACCCUGACACCCUGCGGAGGUUAGAGGAGGAAGAGUUUGAAGAUUCAGAGGAUCCGUACGAGGAAUGUCUUAGGAUUUUCCAGGAGACACACGGGAAGAUGGCCGAUGACAAGAUGGGCUCUCAGGACCAGACUCAGGAAAGUUUGCCAGAGGAAGAAGUUAACUUCACCAGUCUACCUGGACAGGCAGGGAAGAAACGGACAGCCCACCAGGCAAGUUUUGACACGUCCAACAUGAGAAGGUUGACCCAGAAGCGACCCAGACCCUCAGCCUCGCAGCAGAUUCAUGACAGAUACAAGAAACUCCAGGAGAUGGCAGCAGCAGCCCCACCUGCUGAACCUGAGUCAGUACCAAGCUCCUCAGGAUCCUUACUCAGCUCAGCUGCAAACAAGAAACGUCUUGCCCACCGACCAAAGAUCCCACCACCUGCCGGAAAAUACACCCUCAACAACAAGAGGAGCCCCGUAAAACCCCAGAACAGCCUCCGUAAAUCUCCCAGCACCCCUGCACCAACUCUGGCCAAGACAGCGCCCAAGGGUGGACGUCGUGUGGCACACACCCCUGCACCGAGUACCUUGAAGAGGCCGACAGUGCCUGCAGAGUUUGGUUCUAAAAUCCCCACCAGCACCAGACAACAGUACCUGAACAAGAUAGUGGACGAGUGUCUACUCAUCUGUCAGUCGGAACAGGCAGCCUAUGACAGGGCCCUGAAGGAAGAAAAAGACUGCUAUGACCGCUGCACUGCCCGACAAGGCUACCUGACGGCCACAGUGUCCACCAUCAGGAGGCUGCGUAGCGAACAUGGACUGUCCACCACUCCUACUAAAAAAGCCGUGCCAGCCAAUCAGCAGCGGCCUAAGAUGUCCCAUGCUGCGGUGCUGGGCGGUUCCAGGGCGGCUCACACCAGUUUCUCCAUCCACAGACACCCCAUUCAGUCUGCUGAGGACAACUUACAAGGUGCAGAACUAUACAGACAUCUGCUGCAUUAUGUGCUAACAGAAGAACAGCUAAAAGAGAAUGGUUUCCCAAGACCCAGCGUGGACAAGCCUGGGUCAGCUGUCCUCUUCAAGGAGCAAACAAAGAAGUCUUCUGACCCUACCAUGAAGUACUGUGCUCGCUGUGGGAAACAGUUCACAGUGUUGAACAACAACCGGUACCUGAAGAGGGACGAAUGUGUGUACCACCAUGGCAAGCUGUGGAAACGCAGAGUGGCAGGUGGGAUAGAGUCCCGGUACACCUGCUGUCAGGGGGACGCCCAGGCAGAGGGCUGCUCUACAGGGGAGCUGCAUGUAUGGGACUCUAGAAAGGAGGACAUGGAAGGAUAUGUCACCACCUUACAGAAGUCACCAACGGAUGACCCAGGGGUGUUCGCAUUAGACUGUGAAAUGUGUUACACGUAUGGAGGCAUGGAGCUCACCAGAGUCUCUGUGGUCAACUGGUCAAACAAACUGGUAUAUGAGACCCUGGUCAAGCCUGAAAACAAAGUCAUUGACUACAACACAAGGUUCAGUGGUAUCAAGGCAGAAGACAUGAUUGGUAUAGAGACCACCAUCAGGGAUGUGCAGGCAGUCUUGUUGAGUAUGUUCAGUGCAGAAACUCUGCUCCUGGGACACAGUCUGGAGAGUGACCUCUUAUCACUCAAGAUCAUUCACAGUAAAGUGGUGGACACGUCUGUUGUCUUUCCCCAUAAAAUGGGCCCGCCCUACAAGAGAGCUCUGCGGACACUCAUGAACGAGUUUCUGCAGAAAAUCAUACAGAAUGACGUUGGCGGCCAUGACAGUAAGGAGGAUGCUGUGGCCUGUGUGGACCUGAUGAAAUGGCGGAUCAAAGAGGACAUCAGGAGCAGCAAACUGUAGAACAGAUCAUGGUGCAGAAGUUGCAGUAGUUAGCAGAUCGGCAGAACGUACUGCACCUGCACAAAACCCAGAUUUUUUUGUUGUCGUCAUAUGUUUCAUUAAUGUUGUAUCAAAACUUUGCCUGUUACAGAUGAUAUAUCUUGUCCAACACAACUUCGACAACACGUUACGGACACUACAUUUGAAAGCUACGUACGGAAUGACAUCCUUAAAUAUGCAAAUGCGACCUUAAAUGAGAUGUUUUGCGGAAUUGCUUUGCACAACACAUU